GAAAGACGUAAGAAGGGCAUUAGAUUUGGAUGCUAUAAAAACCAAACGCCAAUCCCUCUCGUCUUAAACGGACAGGCGGCUUCAGUUCCACUAUACUUUGAUUAGGUUCUUGCAUUUUUUUUCUCAACCAGGAGUAAAGGUUUAUUAUGGAGAAGGUUCAUAUUAACAUUGUGGUCAUUGGCCAUGUUGACUCUGGCAAAUCAACAACAACUGGCCAUUUUGUGCACAAGAUUGGAGGUGUUGACAUGGAGAUUUUUAAGAAAGAAUAUUAUGAUUCAGAAAAUGCUUCAAUAAAGUAUGCUUGGGUGCUUAACAAGCUCAAGGCUGAACGUGACCGUGGUAUCACUAUUGACAUUUCCUCGUUGAAGUUUCAGACCAACAAGUACAAUUUCACUAUCACUGAUGCUCCUGGUCAUCGUGACUUCAUUAAGAACAUGAUCACCGGGACUUCCCAGGCUGACUGUGCCAUACUUAUCAUUGAUUCCGCUAGUGGCGCUUUUGAAGUUGGUAUUUCCAAAUACGGUCAAACCCGUGAGCAUGCAUUGCUUGCUUUCACCCUUGGUGUCAAACAGAUUAUCUGUUGCUGCAACAAGAUGGAUGCCACCAUUCCCAAGUACUCAGAGGAGAGGUAUGAUGAAAUUGUGAAGUCACUCUCUUCCUGCUUGAGGAAGGUCGGCUAUAACCCUGGAAACAUACCUUUCAUUCCCAUCUCAGGUUUAGAGGGUGACAACCUCAUCGAGAGGUCUACCAACCUUGACUGGUACAAUGGUGCAACUCUUAUCGAAGCACUUGACCAGAUUCAGCCACCUAAGAGACCAACGGGCAAGCCUCUCCGUCUCCCUCUCCAAGAUGUUUACAAGAUUGGAGGUAUAGGUACAGUCUCAGCUGGUCGUGUAGAGACCGGGAUACUCAAGCCCGGUAUGAAGGUCACAUUUGGCCCAACCGGACUCACUACUAAAGUCAAGUCCGUUGAAAUGAAUAAUAAAAAUAAUAAUGAGGAGGCUCUCCACGAGGCCUUGCCUGGUGACAAUGUUGCCUUCCACGUUAAGAAGGUUAGUGGUCAUGAUGUGAAUGAUCAUCUGAAACGUGGGUAUGUUGCAUCCAAUCCUGUGGAUGAUCCAGCUAUGGAGGCCGCGAGCUUCAUAUCCCAGGUGAUUGUCAUGAACCAUCCUGGUCUGGUUUUUAAUGGAUAUACAUCACUUCUUGAUUGCCACACCACUCGUAUUGCGGUCGAAUUUGCCGAAAUCCUGAGCAAGAUUGACCGGAAUUCAGGUAUAGAGAAGGAAAGGGAGCCUGAGUUCCUGAAGAAUGGUGAUGGUGGAGUAGUGAAGAUGGUUCCAACCAAGCCCAUGGUUGUGGAGGCUUUCUCCGAGUACCCGCCUUUAGGACGUUUUGUUGCUCGGGACAGAUUUCGGACUGUCGCUGUUGGUGUUAUCAAAAGUGUUGAGAAGAAGGAAUAUCCACGUGGAGCUAACAACAACAUCAUAAAAUAUGAUAAGAAUGAGAUGAAGAUGAUAGCAAGGCGUUACUGGGAGGUUCUGCGUGAUGCACUGCCACUGCUUGCAGUUGGGGUCCAAUGUUUCCUGGGAAGCGGAUUCAGUUCAAAUUAAAUGGAGAUAUGACAAAGCUUUUGCUGGCCAUGAAUAGGAUUGUUAAUGGCUUGUUAUUGCAAUUGAGUGCCGUAAGCCUGUAAAUAAGGUUACGGGUAAAUAAGGUUGCGGGAAGUGGCUUUGCCAUCCCAAUUGUGUGUAUGUGAUUAAUACAUAUUCUGGUUGAUGUUGGA